UCUGCUCUCAGAAAGCUCAGAGACUGAAUACCAACAGCAUGAAAACUCUAUUGCUCUGUGUGUUUCAUGUCAUAUUCCUCAGAGUUUAUGAAAUCCAGUGUAAAUCUCACCCAAAGCCUUCGUGUGGAUACCCUCCUUCUCAAUGGUGCAGGUCUCUGGAGAUCGCCAUAGAAUGUGGGGUUCGGAAACAAUGUAUGGAGCUGAACGCUACCCGGCCUGACCCAGUGGUUCCUCCUGUAGAGAUCACCGUCUAUUACGAGAGCCUGUGUCCAGGCUGCAGAGCGUUCCUUACAGAACAACUCUUCCCAACAUGGACUUUACUAAAAGAUAUAUUGAAAGUCCACCUGGUGCCCUUCGGCAAUGCUAAGGAGCUUCCCGAAGAGAAUUCAUUCUCAUGUCAACAUGGAGAACCAGAGUGCCACUCUAACAUGGUUGAGGCAUGUGUUUUAUAUGCAGCCAGUCAUGCAGCAUUUCCUAUCAUUCACUGCAUGGAGUCAUCUGCAGAUGUACUAAAAUCUGCUAAGCCUUGUUUGCAGCUCUAUGCGCCAUUUGUUAAAUGGCAGACUAUAGAGUCUUGUACCAGAGGAGAGCUUGGCCACAGGUUGAUGCAUCAAAAUGCAGCGAAGACACAAGCACUCAAACCAGCACACACUCAUGUUCCCUGGAUCACAUUCAAUGGGGAAUACACUAGUGAAUGGGAAGAUAAGGCUAUGUCCACUCUCUUCAACCUUGUAUGCAGUUUGUACAAAGGAAUCAAGCCACCAGUCUGCACUGGAGCUCUGAAAAAACUGGACCGAAGCUUUUGCUAGUGGAAGAGAGGAUUGUUCCACAAUACAUUUGUGAUAUAUCAUGUUCUUUAAACUUUAAUCUGUUUUUGUGUGUUUGAGGUAAAAUAAAAAGAAUAACAUUUUUAGGUUUAACACCUUUAUUUCAGUAGUUCCACAUGUCAACUAGCAGUCAUUAGAGUAUUGGUAGACUGUUUGCUUAAUAUCUUCUAACGCUUUAUUUUGAUGGCUCCUCAGCAUGCAACAUGCUGACUAUAAAAAUCUUUGUAAGUACAUGUCAAAUGAUUCUAUUAAACCUUGCUCUGUCAAAGACAUGUAGUUGCAAAUGAAUGAGAAUAAGGUUGACAUAGUUAGAGUUACUCAUAAAUAGUACAAUGUCUAAAGUGGACUAUCAAAAUCAAAUGUAACCACAUUAUAAAAUAUUGACGCAGUUUUAACCAUAUGUACAGUGGAGAUUGGAGCAUAAUUUAUGAAAACGUGAUUAGUGAAAUCCUGUUCCAGUCUUUUACACAGACCAGAUAGCGGGUUCUUAAUCAUAACUUUGUCAAUGGGGAUUUUCCAGAGAUUUUAAAAUAGGUUUAUGUCAGAAAUUUGGGCUGACCAUUUCAUGGUUCAUGUCAAUCUUCUAAGGAUUUCAGGCACUUUAGAAUGGCUUACCACCUUGCAAAGUCAGUAAAAACUGGAAAGUCAGAAUGCCAGUUAAAUAGGGUUUCUAAAAUGUAAUUAAGGAGGGGGGCAGAUUAAUAGCAACUAGAAGGCAUCUGAAAGUGUUGUCUAAUUUUAAACGGCACUCUUUUUCAAAUAUUUUUUUUAAUAUUGAGAAUAUAUUGAACUCAUGUUUUGCAAUGUUUGGUUGUUCGUUUUUUAGAACUACGCAGUGGUUUCAAUUUUAGGAAAAUUGAGGAAACUGUAGGUUGUUGUCUAAUUUUGAUCUCCACUAUGUAGGCACCUGGCUAAACUUCUGAGACAAAAGGAUGCUUAAAGCUGCAGUACGCAAUUUUUAUUUUUUUAAUUUUUUUUAUUUUUCAGUAUUUGAACAAGUACUUAACCACUCGGUGUUUAAAACUAUUGCGUUUCCUAAGCCCGAUUCACAAUGGUUCGUUUAUAAUGAUGUUUUGUACUUCUCUGCGCUCUGUGCGUCUUUACCUCAGUUUUGUAACCAGUGAAAUUCAAAUGAUGUGACAUCAAUAAAACAGAUUUUAGACUGUACAUACAUUUAAAUCUGCACGCUAAUACACA